CAACAAUAACAGCCACUAUCAUAAAAUAGCAACAAAUCAAAGAAGAAAGAGAGAAGAGAAGAGAAGAGAAGAAGAAAAUGGCCCCUCCAGAAAUCGAAGUUAAAAAGCGUCGCACCCGCAGCGACUACGUCUUUCACCAAGUCUACCGAACCCGAUGGCUCGACAACGACAUGUACGCCCACCUCAACAACACAAUCUACGCCCAACUCUUCGACUCCAUCAUCAACACCUACCUGAUCGAUAACUGCGGCAUGGAUCCGUUCUCCUCUUCAUCCUCCUCUCCCCCAUCAUCUUCCCCCUCUUCCACCGGUGAUAAACUCUCCCAAGUAGCAAUCAUGGUCAACUCCUACUGCGACUACUUCGCCUCGGUGUCCUUCCCGGACGUGCUGGAGCUCGGUCUGCGCGUUAACAAGCUGGGCUCGUCGUCGGUGACGUACGAGGUAGGCGUGUUUAAGGAGGGUGAUGCCGCUGUGAAGGUUGUGGGGGGGUAUACGCAUGUUUUCUGUGCGAGGGAUACGAUGAGACCUACUGGGACGGGGAUGGAGGAGAGGGCGA